AUGGCUUUCGAUAUCGAUCUUGUCCACGCCCGUCAGAUCCUUGAUUCCAGAGGCAACCCGACCGUCGAGGUCGAUGUCGUCCUCGCAUCAGGUGCUGUGGGACGAGCCGCGGUUCCCUCUGGCGCCUCCACUGGAGAGAGCGAGGCCGUGGAACUCCGCGAUGGUGGGGACACCUAUAUGGGCAAGGGCGUCGAGCAAGCCGUUGCAAAUGUAAACGAUCAAAUCGCACGCGAAAUCGAAGGCAUGGAUGCUCGCGAUCAGGAAGCGAUCGACCAAGCGAUGAUCGAUCUCGACGGCACUCCAAACAAGUCCAACCUCGGCGCCAACUCCGUGCUGGGUGUAUCGAUGGCGGUUGCCAAAGCUGCCGCAGAGACCUCUGGGCUCCCGCUUUACCGCUACCUCGGUGGUUCAGCCGCGAAGACUCUCCCAGUUCCGAUGAUGAACAUCCUCAACGGCGGCAAGCACGCCGACAACACAGUGGACUUCCAAGAGUUCAUGAUCCAGCCUUGGGGAUUCGACGAUUUCAAUCACGCGUUCCGCGCGGGAGUCGAGAUCUACCACCACCUCAAGUCGGUACUCUCGGCUCGCGGGAUGUCCACCGCAGUGGGUGACGAAGGGGGAUUCGCUCCUGACCUCAAGGACAAUGAAGACGCGCUCAAGGUCAUCGAGGAAGCUGUGGACAAAGCCGGAUACAAGUGGGGGGAGCAGAUCUUCGUCGCACUCGAUCCCGCGACCUCCGAGCUUUGGAACGAAGCCGAGAAGGACGGCAAGAAGGGCUACAAGUUCUUCAGCUCUUCGCAAGAGAUCAUCUCUUCCGACGACCUGAUCUCCAUCUGGGCCGACUGGUGCAACAAAUACCCGAUCCGCUCGAUCGAAGACGGUCUUGCUGAGAACGACUGGGAAGGAUGGGCGAACCUCACCUCGAAGCUCGGAACCGGUGACUCGUCCAUCGGUACCACCUCUCGUAUGGGUCAAUCAGAAUGGAAAUCCUCGUACGACGACGAUGGUGACCGCUUCGCGGGAAUCAAAAAAAUCCUUGCGCGAAUUUUCGGCGACGGCGAGAACCCACUCGCGUGGGGAUUCACACUGUUCAGCAUCGCCGGGACCAAAUUCAAAAUCCACAUUCUGAUGGUGGUCUUCCUACUCGCUCAACUGAUCUUUACCCUGCCGGGACACAAGGUCGGCGCGGUGUUCAUGGUCCCGAUGCUAUUCGCGAUGGUGGUCUUGGUCUUCGCGCAUGAACUCGCUCAUGUGUUUGUUGCUCGUCGUGGAGGCGGUCAGUCCGAGCUCCGAAUGCUCUGGCCGUUGGGGGGGCUCGAACAUGCACAGUUCGAGGAUGACAAUCCCAAAGCCGAGUUGAGGACGGCGCUCGCAGGGAUCGCGCUCCAUAUCGCACUGAUCCCGCUGUUCUUAAUCCCGCUUGUGAUGCUCACCGGCGGAUGGGAUGCGAUCGUAUUCCAUCCCCUCGUCCCAUCGUCAUCGAUUCAUGCGUUGAUGCUGAGUUCUGAUCAGACCACACCUUGGUGGCUGAUCCUGAUCUGGUCAUUUCAUGUGGUCAAUCUGAUCUUGCUGAUUGUGAACCUGAUCCCGAUGCAUCCGCUUGACGGCGCCACUGUGCUCCGAUUGUUCAUGACCAAAUCCAAUGGCGAUCUCGCGGCUCGUCACCAAGCCGCAUUCAUUGGACUCUGGGUCGCGACCGCAGUGGGAUUGAUCGGGAUCCUCUUCCAGGACGCAACGAUGCUCCUUGCAAUCGCAAUCGCAUGCGGCAUCGUUUGCACGCUCGAGCGUCGGAGACUUCAGUUCCUGAGCUACGCGGACAUGGUUCCUGGAUAUUCUUCGAGUAUCGAUGAUUCGCAAGUCAAUACCGUCGAAGCAGAGCGAGAUAACCAAGAUCAGAAUGAGCUCGAUAGAAUCCUUGACAAGAUCUCGUCGUCCGGUAUUGAGUCCCUUAGUCGAUCUGAACGCCGCACGCUCAAGAAAGCGACCGAAUCGAGCCGAAAUUCGGAAGGAACCGGCUUGGGAGGUCCGCCGAGAAGCGGCCAAGGUAUGCUCGUUCGCUCUCCAGGUUGGUCAGUCAAUACUUGGCUCAUCGUGAUCAACAUCACGAUCCACAUCCUCGCGGUCACUGUCCUCUUUCCAGGCCUCUAUCGCGCUGGAUCGUUGACCAUCGUCGAUGGAUUCCAGCGACUCGAAGUCUGGAGACUCAUCACCUUUCAGUUCCUUCAUGAUCCCUCAAGUAUCUGGCAUGUCGGCAUGAACAUGUUCGGCCUCUGGAUCUUCGGUCCGAUGGUUGAGCAGUACCUCGGCGGGAAGAAGUACCUCGCCUUCUAUCUCGUCUGUGGUCUCGCAGGGGGCUUGUUGUUCUCAAUCCUCACAGUGCUCGGGAAUGUCACCGGCGCCAGUGUGCCUGGAUUGCUCAGUAACAGCUUUGACACACCACUCAUUGGCGCAUCCGCGGGGGUCUUUGCCGUCAUCGUUGCGUGUGCACACAUCAGCCCCAACACCACUGUGCAGCUCCUCUUCCCGCCAAUCCCGAUGAAGCUCAAAGUUUUCGCAUACGGCUAUGUGGGUCUUGCGUUGUUCCAGCUCCUCGUUGGAUCAUCAAAUGCAGGCGGGGAAGCCGCGCAUGUCGGUGGUGCAAUCGCGGGUUACUACUUCAUCCGCAACUCUCAUCACCUUAUGGACUUCUUUGAUGUGUUCAACGAUUCACGAGCGAAAUCUGGAAGUAGCAAGAGCCGUUCAAAGCCGGCGAAGGGGAUCGGAUCGCUCAGUGAGAAAGAGAAAAAGACCUUGAAUUUUACAGUCCACGCAUCGCUCGGCAAUGCUCGCUCGGGAACGGUCGAAACGCUCCACGGCUCGUAUGAAACACCUGCGUUCAUGCCUGUGGGAACACGCGCGACGAUCAAGGGGAUCCUGCCGCAGCAGGUGAAAGAAACAGGUUCUCAGAUCCUGCUCAACAACACCUACCACCUCAUGCUGCGUCCUGGAUCCGAGCUGAUUCGAGAGAUGGGGGGGGUCCACAAGUUUAUGAACUGGGAUGGACCGAUCCUCACCGACUCAGGUGGAUACCAGGCCUACUCCAUGGCGGACAUCAACGCGAUCGACGAAGAUGGCGUGUCCUUCAAGUCCAUCCUCGACGGCUCCAUGGUUCGCAUGAAUCCCGAAAUCGCGAUGCGAGUGCAAAACGAACUCGGUCCUGACAUCAUGAUGGCGUUUGAUGACUGUCCACCAUCGAUUGAUCCGAAUGCUGGAGUUGUGAAUCAAACUCGUCUGCGUCACGCGGCUCGCAGAGAUAGCGGGAAGAAAAAAUCAUACAAUCACAUGGAGCGUCUGAUCCUCGCGAAUGAACGCACAGUGCGUUGGCUAGAGCGCUGUAAAGAAUCGCACGCGCGUCCUGACGAACAAUCGCUCUUCGGGAUUAUCCAAGGCGGGACUGAUCUCGAACAGCGAGACUGGUCUUUAGAACGCAUAUGCAACAUCGAUCUCCCCGGAUACGCGAUCGGAGGCGUCGCGGUGGGGGAGUCCACUGAAGAUAUCGCUCGGAUCGUGCGACAUACGGCACCUCAGAUGCCAAGCAACAAACCCAGGUACCUCAUGGGGGUUGGUUACGAGCGGGACAUUGUCGCCGCUGUCAUGGCGGGUGUGGACAUGUUCGAUUGUGUACUUCCAACACGCAACGGCCGAAAUGCGAACGCAUUCACCUGUGAGCCCGGACGCAAUGGCCAACUCCGAGUCAGAAAUGCAACAUUCGCACGAGAUCCACUCCCGAUCGAGCCUGGAUGCGAUUGUCACGCAUGUGAUCCAGGCAGGCAUGGCUGGUCUACACCGGAUAGCCAGCCAUUCACAAGAUCCUACAUUCGGCAUCUGUUCAUGACUGGAGAGAUGCUUGGUCCAAUCCUCGUCACACUCCACAAUCUCCGUUUUUUCCAACGACUCACUCGUGAUCUCCGUCAAGCGAUCAAUGCCGGGAGUUGGGACGAGACUCCAGCUCAUCAGGAGGUGUGCUCGGCGCUCCUUCCGGAUCAUCAUCCGGUCAGGGCAGCAGGUGGGAUCAUCGGCACCAUCAUCGAACUCAAGAACGAUGAGGUGCUCCUUGAAACUGAUCGCUUAACACGCCAAGUCAGACAUCCACCGGAUCAGCCGGAUAUCAAGAGGCAUUGCAUGCGUCACUUUACUCGAAACUCAAUCAUCGCCAUCCUCAUGCUGGUCAUGGCAUUCUGGGCCGCAAACCCACCGUCAAAGACCAUCGGACUCGGAAAAGACCUCCGAGGCGGCGCAUCGCUGGUCUACUCCGUGCAGAUCGAUCGCACCGAGACUGCUUCGCAAGUGAUCCCCAAGGUCAUCGAAGUCCUCAAAAAGCGUAUCGACCCCAACGGACUCUACGAGAUUCAGAUUGUCUCUCAGGGACAGGACCGCAUCGAGAUCACGAUGCCGCUCCCAAGUGAGUAUGUCAAAGAGCUCCGCAAGGGAUUCGAGGAUGAACUCGCGAAGCUCGGCGUGACCUCGAUUGACGCGGAUGAGUUUGAGCGCGUGAUGGCGCUUGAUACUGCUGAGCGAACGGCGCAGAUCGAAAGAAUGGGCGCUAAUAGCCCCAAGAUCAUGGAGCUGCUGAUUGAAGCAGCUCAAGCGUUCGAUGACGCUGAGCGUUUCCGGCAGCAGCUUGAGACCCUAUCGAUCAAUGCGGAUACACCUGACGAGAUCUUGGAUAAUGUGAUCAACAGCGCGGCGGAAGCGGAGCUUGCUUACGAAGCCGCAAGAGAUUCAGUGCUUGAUAGCGCGAUCUCCCCUGAGGAUGUACGCCGUGCACUGGAGCAGUCGACUGAGCGCAAGACCAUCCGCGAUGAAGCCGCGGAUGCUGUGGUCACGCUUCCUUCAGAGCGUGAGCGUGCCCUCAAUCGCAUCCGAGAGCGAUACCCAGAUCUCAACACCCAACUCGACCAGGUCAUCGAAGCUUACGACUUCUAUUCGAAGAAUCGCAACUCACUCGACGACACCGCGGACCUCAAGCGAUUGGUCCAAGCCGCGGGUGUGCUGAGUUUCCGCAUCACCGUGGAUCCAGCAGGCGCUGGGACAUCGAACUACACGCAUCCUGAAGAAACAUCACUCCGCGAAAAGCUCCGCACAGGUGGUCCAACACAAGCCGGCGCCCGCGAUGUGCGUUGGUUCAAGCUCAACAAGCUCGAAAGCUGGUUUGAUUCUGUAGAUGGCUACGACGCGAUGAUCGCAGAUCCCGCUGGAUACUUCGCGUCGCGUUAUCGCUAUAUCGUCGAAGAAUACGAAGGCGAUUACUACAUGCUCUGCUGGGACACGCGUGGCUUGCGGAUGACCCAGGACGAUGGGCGCUGGAAAGUUGACAACUCGCGUCGAUCUGUCGACCAGCUUGGUCGUCCCGCAAUCGGAUUCUCCAUGGACCCCGCAGGUGCGAAUCGCCUUGGAGAGCUCACUGGUCCCAACACGGGCGCCAACAUGGCGGUCCUUCUCGACGACCAGGUGUACACCGCGCCACGCCUCAACUCACGAAUCACAAGCUCAGGCAUCAUCGAGGGUGACUUCUCUCCAGAAGAGAUCGACUAUGUCGUCCGAGUGCUGACCGCGGGAUCGCUGCAAGCGAAGAUCUCUGCUGAACCGAUCUCGGAGAACACGAUCGCACCGGAUCUUGGACAAGACAACCUCGACGCCGGUGUUCAAGCAGGAAUCAUCGCUCUGAUCGUCGUCUCCGUGUUCAUGUUCCUCUACUACCUGGGAUAUGGCUUCGUCGCGGUGAUCUGUCUCGCUGUCAACGGCCUCCUGAUUUUGGGUGCCCUCGCACUCUCUCGAGCAUCACUCACACUCCCGGGUAUCGCAGGAAUCAUCCUGACCUUCGGUAUGGCGGUGGACGCGAAUGUUCUGAUCUACGAGCGUGUGCGUGAAGAGAUUUACAAAGGACUAGAUCUCCGUCAAGCGGUGCGUCUGGGAUACCAGAAGGCGCUCUCGUCGAUUGUCGACGGCAAUGUGACCAACCUCAUCGUCUGUUUCGUGCUUGCCAAUGUCGGCACGCAAGAAAUCAAAGGGUUUGCGAUCACACUGGGUAUCGGUGUGAUCUGUACCAUGAUCAGUGCGUUGUUCUUCAACCAUCUGAUCAUGAGCCUCUUGGUAGACAAGAUCCGCAUCAAGAAGAUGGCAAUGCUGCCUAUGGUGCUUAAGCCGAUCGAGAAAAUCCUCUAUCCGAAGAUCAACUGGAUUGGUCUUCGCUGGAUCUUCAUGGUCAUCUCAUUGGGAUAUGUCAGUCUCGGGAUCGGCAUGAUUAUCUUCCAAGGCGAGAAGAUGCUCGAUACCGAGUUCCGUGGUGGUACACAGGUCACCAUGAGUCUGAAAUACUCGGACCCCAAUGACUCAUCCUCACCUCGUUUGACAUCGACUCGUGCCGAGAUCGAGGAUCGUGUCCGCGAGCUUGGAGAAGAAGUCGCCGAAGAGUCAGCGAUCCGUGCGUUGCGUUCCGCAGAAAUUAUCCCAGUCAAUCCGCAGUCUGAUGGGAUCACUUCUGACAAGUUCAUCAUCAAGACCUUCGCAACGGAUCGCGAAGCCGUGGGCAAUGCAAUCAGCGCCGAGUUCCAGGACAUGCUUGAUGCACCUCCGGCGCUCAACUUCCGAUUUGCUCAGAGCGAUAACUUCGCAGGGGCAUCGGUUUACCCGAUCCUCUCCGCACGAUUGGGUGAGAAUAUCGCGCGUCCAGAGUAUCGCAACAGCAUCUCCGAUUACAUCGGUGGCGUAGCGAUCCUCGUUGAAGACAUCGACCCGCUCCCGACACUCGAGAGCAUCGAGUCGCGUCUGGACAUCACACGACGCAAGACAGACUUCUCUGAUUGCCUUGGUCGCCAGUUUGAAAUCAUCGUGCUUGAAGGUGACGAAUCCGCUGUUCGUUCGCUUGCGCUCCUGAGCAUCGACGAGGGAUUGACCUACUUCGACAAUGCUGAUGCGUGGUCAUCUGAGAUCGCAUCGCGUGAGUGGGAUCUGAUUCGUGCCGCAUUGACGACAUCUUCGGAUCAACUCAGUGUCCAGAACUUCUCGCCCGCGAUCGCGGAAGACUUCCGCGCGACCGCGUUCGCAGCUGUCUUGCUCUCGCUCCUGCUGAUCCUGAUUUAUAUCUGGGUCCGCUUUGGAUCGGUCCGUUAUUCAGCUGCUGCGAUCGCGGCUCUGACGCACGAUGUCCUCACAGCGAUCGGAUUGAUCGCACUGACUGAGAUCAUCUAUGACCAUCACAUGUUUACAGAUAUCGCGAAGAUGCUGCUCAUCGAGCCGUUCAAGAUCGAUCUGAACCUCGUCGCGGCGAUGCUAACCAUCAUUGGAUACUCGCUGAACGACUCGAUCGUUAUCAUGGACCGAAUCCGUGAAAACCGAGGCAAACUGUCGUAUGCAUCCAAGGCGGUCAUCAACCAGUCCAUCACCGAGACCAUCUCGCGUACCGUGAUCACAUCGGGAACGACAUUGCUCGCAGUCCUGAUCCUCUAUGUGUACGGCGGCCAAGGAGUGCGUGCGUUCUCAUUCGCGCUGCUCGCGGGUGUUCUCGUCGGGACCUAUUCAUCGAUCGCGGUCGCGGCUCCACUUGUCUGGUCACGAAAGAAGGAUGUGAAUGAUGAGCCUAUUCCGUCUGAUCCGGAAGAGUCCGAAUCUGAUGCUGAAGAGCAGAGCAGCCAGCAACUGCUGAUCCUGACGCCGCCUCCAAGCGAGAAUGCUGAUCCUUUCGAAGAAGAUCCAGCUCCGAAACUCAUCCCACCUGAGUUCCGCACACACACUGUGGUCCGUGGUGAGAUCAUGCAGGACAUCGCUCAGCGUUACUACGGAAGCACCUCCAUGUGGAGCGUGAUCGCUCGUGCCAAUCCACGAGUCGAUCCGCUCAAACUCCGUGAAGGCAUGACACUCAGAAUCCCUAUCGACCCCAAUAACAUUCAAGGAAUCGUCGACAACGGUAGCGACUCGAACGAGGAAUCAGAUACUGCUACUCAAGAACACCCAGUAGUGGAUUACAUCGUGCAGUCUGGAGACUCGCUCUCACUCAUCGCUCAACGCAAUUACGGCUCAGCCCGCUACGCAGACUUCAUCUACGAAUCCAAUCGAGACACGCUCCGCUCCAAAGACGCGAUCCGAGUCGUCUACAUCAUCACCGGCGGAGCGGGGUUCAUCGGCUCCAACCUCGUCGCUCGUCUCCAGCGUGACGAACCCGACGCACGCCUCUAUGUGGUCGAUGAUUUUUCGACCGGAUCGUACGCGAACAUCGUCGAAGCGUGCGAGAGACACAACGCCGGACCAUUCCGCGGCACGAUCAUGCCGGACUCAAUCACGGAUCUGAACUGGCAACCCGCGAUCAUGGGACUCGCACCUAAAGCAGUAUUCCACCUCGCGGCGAUCACCAACACGCUAGAGUUUGACGAGAAAAAGAUGAUCUCUGUGAACACGGAGCCGUUCAUCGACAUCCUCGACGCGUGUAUCGAAUCGGAAAUCCCGCUCGUGUACGCAUCCUCCGGCGCAACCUACGGCACACCACCACAAGCUCAACAAGAAACCCCGUUCCCGACCAGCGCCGCCGGGAAUCCAUCGAAUGUGUAUGGCUUCUCCAAAUGGCUCAUGGAUGUCGAAGCCAAUCGAGCGUUCGAGCAAUCCAUGAUCGAAUCCGGUAAAAAGCCUCAUGUGGUCGGACUCCGAUACUUCAAUGUCUUCGGUCCAGGAGAAUCACGCAAAGGCAAGAUGGCCUCGAUGAUCUACCAUCUGACGAAUCAGAUGCUCGCGGGACAGAAUCCAAGAAUCUUCGAACACGGGCAGCACCAACGCGAUCAGAUCCAUGUCGAUGAUGUGGUCUCCUGCACACUCGCCGCUGCGAAUCCAUCAGCAAAUCCUGGGAUCUACAACCUCGGGACCGGAACCACAACAACCUUCAACGACAUCGUCUCAGCGAUCAACCAAGCACUCGGACGCUCGAUGGAUCCCGAGUACAUCCCGAUGCCUGAAGAGAUGGUCUCGUCGUACCAGCAUUACACCUGUGCGGAUAUGAGCGAGACCAAGGACGGCGGUGCUGGAUUCUUGGGAUCCUACUUGUGCGAAAAACUCAUCGCACAAGGUCAUGAUGUCAUCUGCCUGGACAACUUCUUCACCUCCCAGAAAUCCAAUGUGCUCCAUCUGCUCGACCACAACAACUUCGAGUUGAUCCGUCACGACAUCACCCAUCCAAUAUGGCUCGAGGUUGACGAGAUCUACAACCUCGCGUGCCCCGCAGCGCCUGGUCACUACCAGUACAACCCGAUCAAAACCAUGAAGACCUCCGUCAUGGGGGCGAUCAUCACCUGCGGGAUGGCGAAACGCUGCAACGCCAAAAUCCUCCAAGCAUCCACCUCCGAGAUCUACGGCGAUCCCAUCGUCCAUCCGCAACCAGAGUCCUACCGAGGCAACGUCAACACACUCGGACCACGCGCCUGCUAUGACGAAGGGAAGCGAGCCGCCGAGACGCUGUUCAUGGACUACCACCGCCGACACGGACUGGACAUCCGCAUCGCACGCAUCUUCAACACCUACGGCCCGCGCAUGCACCCAUUCGACGGACGCGUGAUCUCCAACUUCAUCCUCCAAGCACUCAUGGAUCAGGACAUCACCAUCUUCGGAGACGGCUCCCAGACUCGCUCCUUCUGCUACCGCGAUGAUCUGGUCGAGGGAUUGAUGCGUCUGAUGAACACAACAGCCGAUGACAUCCACAUGCCGGUCAACCUCGGGAACGAGGGCGAGUUCACGAUCAAACAGCUCGCUGAGAUGACUAUCGAGAUGACCGGAUCCAAAUCCAGCAUCGUGUAUCGAGAGCUCCCAGAGGACGAUCCCAUGCAGCGCAAGCCGGACACGACGCGCGCGAAGAAGCUGCUCGACUGGACCCCAAAGAUCCAGUUUGAGGAGGGGCUUGCACGCACGAUUGAGUAUUUCCGUACUGUGGAUCUGGAUGAAUAUCGCGAUGCGACGUGCCUGUACCCCGCGUGGUGGACCUCACAGGAUGAUACGGAUAUCCGUAUCCCAGGAAUCGAUCGAGCGAUCGAGAUGCAAGCGGAUCUGCUAUCACUCCAGCUCAUCCGCGAUCGAGCAGGAUAUCCAGAAGAAGUCGGUCCUCGUUCCAAUCCAGCAUCAUUGGGAACUCACCAGACCCGGGUGCUCCUCGAUGCCGCGACGCUCGCGAUUGAAUUGGGACUCAAACGAGUGAUUUGGCCAAUCCGUGCGGCAGAACCCAGCGAUGAAUCCGACGAGGUCGCGAAUCUUGAUACCAUCGCGACUGCGAUCGAUCGUGCUCUACUCGCCGCUCGCCUUGCGACAAUCGAUGCUCAAGAGCACGGCGGGGUUGAGGUCAUCAUCGAAACCCCCAUCGUAGACCUGACCAAUCAUGAGCUCUCCGAUCUUGCGGCGGAUCUCAAUGUCCCGAUCAACGCGUGUUGGUGGUCCGACACUACGCUCCCAGAUGCCCAGAUCCACUUCAACUGCUGGAAUCAGGAGCCGACGACCGCAUCGAUGCUCGAACAUCGUCCGAUGAACGACGCGCAGAUGCCAUCACACAUCUUCAUGACGCGUGCCGGAUACAUCCGUCCAGUCGGUGCUGGGAUCUACAACUACCUUCCGCUUGCGUGGCGCUCGCUCCAGAAGAUCUCGCAGAUCAUCCGCGAGGAACUCGAUGCCGCCGGGGCGUCGGAGAUGUUGAUGCCGGCUCUCAUGCCAAUUGAACUCUAUGAAGGAACGAAACGCGAUCAAGACUACGGCGACCUGCUCUUCCAACUCACUGAUCGCCAUGGACGCAAGACCGCACUGGGACCGACACAUGAGGAGGUCAUCACCGAUCUCAUGUGCGGCUGUCUGACGAGCUACAAGCAGUUCCCACUGAAUCUCUACCAGAUCCAGUCCAAGUUUCGUGACGAGUUCCGCCCGCGUGCGGGAUUGCUGCGCUGCCGCGAGUUCAUUAUGAAGGACGCGUACUCGUUCCACCUCGAACUCGAAGGUGACGCGGGUCUCAAUGAAACCUACGACAAGAUGUACAAAGCGUACACGAACAUCUUCACGCGCUGCGGCUUGGACUUCUCCGCCGUCGAAGCCGAGGCGGGACCGAUCGGGGGAUCUGCAUCCCACGAGUUCAUGGUCAACUGCGUCAACGGCGAGGACACGAUCUUGGUCUGUCCAGUGUCGGGAUACGCCGCAAAUGUUGAGAAAGCGGAGAUCGGUGAGCGAUCGUUCUCUUGGGACCACGAAGCAACUGCAGAAGUCACCAAGCACCACACCCCUGGCAUGCCAGGGAUCGAACUGGUUGCUGAGCACCUCGGGACCAACGCCGCUGGAAUGCUCAAGACGAUCGUCAUGCGAAGCGUCGAAGAAUCCCCACGCUGGGUCCUCGCGGUGGUUCGCGGAGACCAUGAGGUCAAUGAGGGCAAGGUCCGUGAUGCUGUCGGGGUUGCUGUCGAGAUGGCAGAUGAGAAAGAAGCGAUCGCAGCAGGAUUCGCGAUCGGAUAUGUAUCACCCAAGAUACUCGAUUCCAUCGAUAUGACAAUGGUCAUCGAUCCUGACGCACUCGAAAGUGGGAACUGGGCGACCGGUGCUGACGAGAAGGAUCAUCACAUCACCGGAUUCAACUGGUCGCGUGAUCUUCCGAGCGCAAAGGACAAUGCGAUCGUUUCAGACAUCCGCAAUGCACAAGCGGGAGAUCCAUCCCCAAGAGCCGCAGGGGCGAAUCUUGAAGCGAAGCGUGGUAUCGAGGUGGGGCACAUCUUCAAGCUCGGGACCAAGUACUCCGCCGCGAUGGGACUCAGUGUCCUCGACAAGAACCAGAAGAACCAAGAUGUCAUCAUGGGAUGCUACGGCAUCGGUGUUUCACGCACGCUCGCGUCGUGCAUCGAGUCCUCGCACGACGACAAUGGAAUCAUCAUGCCGAUCUCCAUCGCGCCGUACCAUGUCCACAUCAUCACGAUCAAACCAAACGAAGAAGGCGUGCUCGACCACGCAUUCACACUUGCAGAAGAACUCCGAGAACUCGGGAUCGAUGUCCUCGUCGACGAUCGCAACGAACGCCCAGGGCCGAAGUUCAAGGACGCGGACCUCAUCGGCAUCCCGCUCCGCAUCAUCGUCUCAUCCAAGACGAUCGACGAAGGAUUACCCAUGAGCAGCGAUCCAUCGAACAACCCGAUCAAUGUCCUCCUCGUCGGCGCUGGAGGACGCGAGCACGCCCUCGCUCUCGCGAUCUCAAAAUCCCCCAAGCUUGGAACGCUCUACGCGACCGGGAUGUCCAAUCCCGGCAUCGCCAAACUCGCACAACCCGUCGAUGUCGACUAUGAAAACGAGAAGUUCUACCGCCUCAACCAGUUCUGCGACAGCCACAACAUCGAACUCGUGGUGAUCGGUCCAGAAGACCCACUCGCAGAGGGUUGGUCAGACAAGCUCGCAAAGAAAUCCGAUGGCUCAUCACGCAUGAUCUUUGGUCCCUCGCAACGAGGCGCUCAACUCGAAGCGGACAAGGCAUACGCAAAACAGAUCAUGCGAGCCGCGUCGAUCCCAACCGCGGAGGGUAAGGUUUUUAAGGACGCUGACCAUGCUGAUGAGUACAUGAAGACCCGCGAUGAGCCGUAUGUCGUCAAAGCGACGGGACUCGCGAAGGGCAAAGGCGUCAUCGUCCCAAGCACGAUGGAUCAAGCGAUCGAUGCGAUUGAUCAGAUUCUUCGCAAGAAAGCGUUUGGUGACGCCGGGAAAGAAAUCCUGAUCGAGGAGAAACUCCAAGGCACCGAAGUCUCUGUGCUCGCGUUACUCGAUGGUCAGAAUAUUCUUGUGCUGCCUCCUUGUCAGGAUCACAAGCGCCUAAUGAACAACGAUGAGGGACCCAACACUGGGGGAAUGGGCGCGUUCUGCCCUUCUGGGACGCUUAGUGAUAAGCUUUCGCAUCAGAUCGAGUCCGAAAUCCUUGUGCCCACCGCGGAUGCACUGCGUCGAGACGAGAUUGAUUUCAAAGGCGUCCUCUACGCCGGGAUUAUGCUGACCCCAGGCGGGCCGAAGGUGCUUGAGUUUAAUGUGCGAUUCGGAGAUCCCGAGUGCCAGCCGUUGUUCACACUGCUCGAAUCCGAUGCGAUCGAGUUGCUCACUGCGACAGCAUCUGGGAAGCUCGACAAGAUCGAUGUCCGAUUCUCAUCCGAUCACGCGGUCUGCAUCGUCCUCGCCGCUGAGGGAUACCCAGAGAAUCCACGCAAGGGCGAUGUGAUCACGGGCGUUGAUGACGCGGAACAGAUCCCGGGAGUGACCGUAUACCACGCUGGUACUAAGAUGACCAAAGGCGACCUCUACACCAACGGCGGACGAGUAUUGAGCGUCACCGCGACCGGAAAGACACGCGAGCAAGCACGCGAAGCCGCGUACAAAGCAUGCGAUCUGAUCCAGUUCAAAGGGAAGCAACUCCGCACGGACAUCGCUGCGAACAAUCCGGUCCAUGCGUAA